AUGCUCGCCUCUAGAUUCCUCACUCUCGUCUCUCUCAUCGCAGCGCCAUUGGCAUUGGCAUCCCCUACGUCCACAGAAACAGCAGAACUCGACGAACGUACCUUUGGUGGACUCUUUGGGGGUGGUGGACUCCUCGGGGGUGGUGGCGGAGGAGGAGGAAGCGGUGGUGGACUCGGUCUCGACCUCAAUCUCGACAUUUGUCUCACCCUCGACUUGAAUCUCGGAGGCCUUCUCGGUGGUCUCGUCAAGCGUACAGGUGGUGGUUUUGGAGGUUUCCAACCUCAUACUGGAUACGGAAACUGGGGACAACAUCAUCCAGGUGGCACAUGCGGAGACCUUUCCCAAAUCAAUAACUGUUACAAAGUCGGACACGCCUGUGACGAGCACUGCGUCUGUGUUCCCCCUCCACCUGCCGUCUGUACCGAUCAAUGCGCCAUUCUCAAAUGUCAAGCCAAGGGUCAAGCUACCAAUACCGACUGCUCUUGCAAACAGCAAUGUGACUGCCAAGAUCAAUUCAACUGCUGGCAACAGGGUGGCAAGCUCAGUUCCAAUUGCCAAUGUGUCGUCCCAAGUAAACGAUGGCACCGUCGAGACCUCCCUACCACUUGCGCCGCCGGCUAUUCUUCCUGCCCCGUCCCAGGUUCUGCCGGAUCCGAAUGCCUCAACACCCUCAUCUCGAUGGAAUCUUGUGGAGGCUGCACCUCCCUUGGCCAAGGAACCGAUUGCUCCGCCAUCGAAGGCGUCGACUCCGUCAGCUGUGUCGCAGGAUCUUGUGCCGUCUCAAGCUGUCAACCUGGAUACGAGGUGUCAUCCACUGGUACCACCUGUAUCAGAAGUGACGAUACCGCGGAGAUCCUUGUCGGUGCUCUCAAGAGCGCAGAGCAGUUACUACAUAUCUAA